AUGUCACAAGAUCACUGCAAUCUAGAUUCGACCCAAAUUGCUUCCAUUGUUUUUUAUUUGGUCCGCACAAAUCCAAGCAUUCGCAUCAAAAGCUUGGUCGCUGACAUCAAAAGUCGUUACGGAUACACAGUCACAUAUAGAAGAGCAUGGAUUGCGAAGGAGAAAGCAAUAACAAUGGAGUAUGAGGAUUGGGACCAAUCUUAUAAUGAAGUUCCCAGAUGGUUACUAGCUGCCCAACAAACUAAUCCUGGGACAAUUUUUCAACUUUCCGGUCCUCCAGUUAAUAUUGAUGCUGAGGAUGGAAGUUCCACAUACAUUAUGGAACGUUGCUUCUGGGCAUUUGGACCUUGCAUUGAAGGUUUUAAGUAUUGUAAACCUGUUGUUCAAGUGGAUGGAACCUUUUUAACAAGCAGAUAUCAUGCCACCUUGCUAACUGCAAUUGCUCAGGAUGGAAAUAGAAACAUAUUUCCUUUGGCAUUUGCAAUAGUAGAAGGUGAGACAAAGGAGGCAUUGAUUUGGUUUUUUCAACUACUACGAGAGCAUGUAACUCCUCAGCCAAAUUUCUGCCUAAUUACUGAUAGAGGCAAGGGAAUUUUGUCAGCCCUACGAUCGGAAGAAGUUGACUGGGAAUCAGACAAUCUUCACUCUGUCUACUGCAUACGUCAUCUGGGUUCCAACUUCAACAACCGCUUUAAAAAUGCCGAUCUCAAGAAACAAUUCAUUAACUUGGUAGCUUGGAUUGAUAAAAUCCCCUUACAUAAGUGGUCUCAGGCUUAUGAUGGGGGACGCAAGUACACGCACAUGACAACAAACUUGGCGGAGUGCAUGAACUCUGUGCUUAAAGGGGCUCGCUCAUUACCUAUCUGUGCACUAUUGAAAAUUACAUUUCAAAACAUAAAUGCUUGGUUUGUUGAACGCGGCUUAAAGGCAAACUCUAUGUUAAGAGCUGGCCAUCAAUAUCCAGAAGAUGUCACAACCUUGCUCCAACAAAAUCAACAGAAAUAUGCAUAUUGUCAUUUUCAACGCUACGAUCGAGAUAAUUCAGAAUUCGAGGUGCAAGAGAUAUCGAGCCCCCAUCACUAUCGGCCAAAACCAAUCUCAUUCACUGUCAGAUUAAACGAUUGGUGGUGUGAUUGUGGUCACUUCCAAGCUAGUCGAUUACCCUGUCAGCACAUCAUAGCUGUUUGUUCUUUUGGUCAUAUGCCACUUUCAAAUUUUAUCGAUCCAGUUUACACCCUUGAUAACAUAAAGAAGGCUUAUCAAGUCCAAUUCCACCCCCUGCGAAAUGAGGACUAUUGGUCAACAUAUACAGGUCCUAAUUUCACUCCAGACCCCCAAACUAGGCGUAAGGCUUCGGGACGACCUACAACGACUAGGAUCCAUAACGAAAUGGAUCAACCCCUUACGGAUAAGCCAAAAAAAUGCUCUUAUUGUCGCACUGAGGGUCAUCAUAGGGGACAAUGUCCAUUUCGCCAAUAA